CUCUUAUUAUCUCAUCGUCUCGCGUCGCAAACAGCUUCUUCGCUAUUUCGUGUGGAUUAUUAAUUUGUUCCACUAUUUAACUUUAUCAGCAGAUACUCUUAAGUUAUGCAGUGUAGUAUUAUUUUUACAAUAUUGUUGGGGACAUUGGUGUGUGCGUUUGCAGAUGAUGAUGCUCAGUACGUUAAUGUAAAAUCUGUGAAGGGUGGAUACCAUGGCGGUCUCCGACAAUACAAUCCCGGAGCUAAUUUCCAAAACUUUUAUAACUCAUCGUAUCGUGGUGGUUAUGAAGGACAAGGGUAUCAACGUAAUACCACACAACAAGGGUUCAACAUGGUCCAAAACACAACCGCUCAUAGAGACUAUGAAAUAGGAGUAUGCUACAUCGAAAUACCAACUGCAAGUCUCGUACGCGAUCCAAAACACAUUCCUGCUGGUAAUGGGUCACGACCUGAUUUGAGCCGCGUCCGUUCCUGCUGUAAGGGCUACAUCAGAAAUAUUCACAAUUUUAAAAUCUGUGAACCGGUAUGCAGUAUGGAUUGUGUAAACGCAUUAUGCACAGCUCCGGAGACCUGUACUUGUUUCCCAGAUCAUGUAAAAAAUUUAGCUGGCUAUUGCAUUCCCACGUGUCCCAUUGGCUGCCAAAACGGACACUGCAGUGGCGGUGAAUGCUUGUGUGAAAACGGCUAUAAGCUAGAUUCCGAAAGCAAAUUUUGUUUACCGAAUUGCAAAGAAAACUGCGGUGGGAUAGGCAACUGCACUGCGCCUAAUACUUGUGAAUGUAAACAGGGAUACCAAUCAUCCCGUGACGGCAACUGCAAACCUAUUUGUAAUGAAUGUGUGAAUGGCGAAUGUAUUGCACCUAACGAAUGUCGCUGCAAUCAAGGAUUUAGUAAAAAUCAGCAGAAUUUAUGUGUGCCUCAAUGUCCUGGAAAUUGUGUCCCAAACGGAAGGUGUGUAUCUCCAGGCAGAUGCGAGUAUCCUGAAGAAAUAACUACUUCGACAGUAAUAUCCCCUCCAUACCAGCCAUCCCGGUAUCCAAACCAACCUCUAUACCCCGGCAAUCAAGUACAACAACCAAAUAAUAAUCCAAAUUAUCCCGGUAACCAAUAUCAAGUAUAUCCAAUGCAACCUGGUAGUGAAAAUCAAUACAACCGUGGACAACCAAACCAGUACCACCCUGGACAACCUGGUUACCAAGCAAACACGGAUCAAAACGGAUAUAAUGGCGUAACGGGAGGUCAAGGAUAUGUCGGCAAUCAAAACAAUCUAUAUCCAGACUUAUAUCAGUAUAAUGAAGGAGUACAGAGUGAAUGUUCACUUCCUUGUUUAAAUGGAGUUUGUGUUGAAGGAAACAGAUGCCGUUGCAACCCAGGAUACGUCUUAGAUAGAUCAGACCAAUCCGCAACAAGGUGUAUUCCAAACUGUCCCGGCGGCUGUCCAAAUGGUGUGUGCUCUGCUCCCAACUUUUGUAUUUGUAAUAUGGGAUACUACAAAGACCACAGCGUAAAAGGCAGACCAGUCUGUGUGAAACGUAAUUAAAAAAUGAAUUGAAACGUCAUAAAAUUUCUCAUGAUAAGCAAUUAAGUACUUGAUAUACAAACGUUAAUCUUGAAUUUGAACUGUAAAUCUGUUGCUCUGUAAGUAAACUGUAAGACGUCUCUUGCGCUCUGUUCCCAACUUUUGUAAGUAUCUGUAAUAUCUAUUCUAUAAAGACCACAGCGUAAAAGGCAGAGCAGUUGGUGUCAAACGAAAUUUAAUAACUGAAUUGAAACAUCUUAAAAAUUCUCAUGUACUUUAAACAAAAAAUGUUUAGUUCAUUUAUUAAUAACUAAAAGUGUUUGAACUGUUUAUUGUUAAACCUUGUAAAUAUGCUUGAUAUUGCUAUUAUUGAGUUUUUUACCGUUUCCAUCAACUCCAACUUUAAAUCUUUUUUCUAAUAUAAAGAUCGGAACAUAAAAUUUUGCUACUAUUUCAAUUUUGUAAUAAAAAGUAAAUAUA